AUGGAAGAGCAGCUCUACGAGGUCUGCGUCCCAGCGGGCGUGGCGCCUGGCCAGGCGUUUCAGGUUCAGAUUGGCGGAGCGCUUAUGGCGGUGCAGUGCCCUCCGGAUGUCGUCGUGCCGCUGAUGUCGCCGGGCGCAGCGGUGGAGGGUGUUCCGGUUUCGCCGGGGGUGGGUGCGCAGGAUCCGCCGGUGGUCUCGAUGGGUGUCGGUGUGCCAGGCCAGCCAGUGGGGCUGCACGGGCAGCCGUACUCCUACGCGCCGCAGGUCCGUCUGGUCGAGGUGGAGGAGAUCUCGCCGGCGGGCUGGUUCUGCCUCAUCGUCGGGUGCUUUGCGUGCCCGGGCUUCAACCUGCUUGGCCUCUGCAUGCGCGAGAGGAGACUCGUCCCCGUGUCCGAGAUGCACGGUGGUUGGUCGUGA